AUGCACGUGUUGCUAACACUUUGUUUGUACAGAUUUAGCCAAGUCGAUCAAAAUUUAACGGAGAGACACAUACACUCACGGUUCAACAUUUCAGACACUGCAUACCAUUAUGGAAACGAGGCAGUCAUUGGGAAAGUUCUCAAAGAAUACUUUGCAGGCGGGAAACUCAAAAGAGAAGAUGUGUUCAUAACGACUAAGCUCCCGUACUUUGCGCAUGCCCCUGAGGAUGUGGAAAAGGUUGUGAAGAUGCAGUUAGAAGCACUACAGGUCGAUUACAUAGACCUAUAUCUGAUUCAUGGCCCAGUUCCUUUCAAGAGGGAAAAGGAUAGCUUUGCGCUCGUUUUUGAAAACGAUAUGCAAGUGCCAGCAACAAUUGACCAUCUUGAUACAUGGCGUGCUAUGGAAAAGCUUCAUGAUGAAGGAAAAUUGAAGGCCCUGGGCUUAUCGAAUUUUAACGUAAAACAGCUGCAAAAUGUUUAUGAUCAUGCACGCAUCAAGCCUGCAAAUCUACAGAAUUUUUUGAAAACUUCCAUAGCUGAUACUCUUCUAAAUGGGGAUCCUCUAACAGAUCCUGUCGUGAAGGAACUUGCUGCUAAGUAUAAGAAAACUGCUGCGCAAAUACUUUUGCGCUACAUCGUCCAGCAAGAUGUGGUUGCAAUUCCGAAGACGGUAAAACCAGAACGGUAG